GACGUCACUUUGGCGCCGAAUCAUACAGAGUAAAGCGCGCGGAAGAAAACAUUGAGCCUUCGGAUAUAAUUUACAAUAAAAAUACGUCAAAACUUGCGGGUAUUUGCGGUUUACUAAGGAGCAACAGUGCAAGAGACCACCAUGCAGCGAAGCAUAGCGUCCUUUUUUCAGCCGAAGAAAGGCAAUGAGAAGAAUGAUGGACAGCUCAAAGCAAAGUCUGAACCUGUUAAAAGUCCUCUCAAAAUUCAGAAUGGCGUAAAGGAAAGCGAUUCACCUGUGAAGAAGGUUAACAAGCGCAGCAGACCAAUUAUAGACAGCGAUGAUGAAGAUCAGCCAAUGGUUAAAGAGCAGGUCACCAAGCACAAUGAAGCCCAAGCAGUAAAGCCUGAGAAGGCUGUGUCCACUCCUGUGUCUCCAAAACCCCCCGUGACCCCAUCAACACCUGUCACUUCAAAUAACUCGGUUGGCAUGGUAACCCCCGCUUCCUCAGGUACUCCAGGAACACCGGCGACUCCGACAUCAACAUCACCGUCAGGCAUUCCCAAACGCAAAACAGCUCGCAAACAGUUCCCCAAGAGAAAACUGGAAAGCAGAAGCGAUGGAGAAGGAACGAAAGAGGAUGAGAAGGGGGUAGAGGAAGGUCAUGAGAGUAAAAGAGCACGAGUAGAGGACUCACCUGGUCAGACAGAGAAUGAGAGCGAGAUGAUGGAGGUGGAAGAGAAGAGCGGAGACGAAAAGCCUAUGGUGGAGGACCAGAAAGAGGAGGAUGAACCAAAAAAAAGUGCAGACAUAGACAUGCAUGACAAUGACAAGGUGAAUGAGAAGACUAGUGAAAAUAAUGAUAAACCAGAGAAAAAGUUAAAUGGAGCGAGUAAGAAGAAAGAAAAGGAGGAUGAGAAAGAAGAGGACGUAGGCAAAGUGGUGAAGAAAGAGAAAAAGAAAGUAGAAAAGGUGGAUGAGAAAAAAGACAAAAGCAGCCCUGAAAGAGUGGUGAAGAAAGAGAAAAAAACAGAAGAAAAGAUGGAUGAGAAAAAGAAAGACGUAAGCAGCCCUGAAAGAGUGGAGAAGAAAAAGACAGAAGAAAAAGUGGAUGAGAAAAAGAAAGACGUAAGCAGCCCUGAAAGAGUGGAGAAGAAAGAGAAAAAGACAGAAGAAAAGGUGGAUGAGAAAAAGAAAGACGUAAGCAGCCCUGAAAGAGUGGAGAAGAAAGAGAAAAAGACAGAAGAAAAGGAGGGAUCAGCCAAGAAGAAACCUAUCAGCAGUUUUUUUGCCCCUAGAAAAGCAGCAGUGAAACUGGAAAAAGAGGAGCAGAAGGAGGGGGAGAAGAAGAAGGCUGGAGAGACCCCUGCUAUCUUCGAACAGAAAGACAAGAAAAGUGAAAAGGGGGUGGAGUCUGCUGAUCAGAGCCAAUAUGAUCCUUCAAGAGCAAAUUACCAUCCCAUUGACCACGCCUGCUGGAUGAGGGGACAAAAGGUGCCAUAUUUGGCUGUCGCCCGCACCUUUGAGAAGAUCGAAGAAGAUUCAGGCAGGUUGAGGAAUAUCGAAACACUUUCUAACCUUCUGCGCUCUGUAAUUCUGCUCUCGCCAGAUGACCUGCUGUGUUGUGUAUACCUGUGUCUGAACCAGCUUGGCCCAGCGUAUCAGGGUCUGGAGCUGGGCAUUGGUGAAACCAUCCUGAUGAAAGCUGUCGCUCAAGCAACAGGGCGACAGCUGGACAAAAUCAAGGCGGAAGCUCAGGAGAAAGGAGACCUGGGAUUGGUCGCAGAGAGUUCACGCAGCAACCAAAGAAUGAUGUUUGCGCCGGCCAGUCUGACGGCAAGUGGCGUAUUUAACAAACUGAAGGAGAUUGCCAACAUGAGCGGAAACUCUGCAAUGAAUAAGAAGAUCGACAUUAUUAAAGGCCUGUUUGUGGCGUGUCGUUUUUCUGAGGCCCGCUACAUUGUGAGGUCAUUGGCAGGGAAGCUGAGAAUCGGAUUGGCUGAGCAGAGCGUUCUCGCAGCGCUCAGUCAGGCUGUGUGUCUGACGCCCCCAGGCCAAGAGUUUCCACCCGCUGUGUUGGAUGCUGGUAAAGGAAUGAGUACAGACAGCAGGAGAGCUUGGCUGGAGGAGAAAGCACUGAUCCUGAAACAGACAUACUGUGAGAUGCCCAAUUAUGAUGCCAUUCUUCCUGUCUUACUAAAAGAAGGCAUAGAUGAACUGCCCAAUCAUUGCAAGCUCACCCCAGGUGUGCCCUUGCGGCCCAUGUUGGCCCACCCAACUAAAGGGGUCAGUGAGGUAAUGAAACGAUUUGAUGAGGCUACUUUCACCUGUGAAUAUAAAUAUGACGGAGAGCGAGCUCAGAUCCAUAUUCUUGAAAACGGGGAGGUGCGCAUCUUUACGAAUCAAGAGGACAACACGAGCAAAUACCCGGAUAUUAUCUCUCGGAUACCACAGGUGAAAAAAGCAAGUGUACGCUCCUGUGUUCUAGAUUCAGAGGCGGUGGCCUGGGACAGAGAAAAGAAACAGAUUCAGCCAUUUCAGGUUCUUACCACACGUAAGAGAAAGGAUGUGGACGCGUCUGAGAUCAAGGUUCAGGUGUGUGUCUACGCCUUUGACCUGCUCUACCUGAACGGAGAGUCUCUGGUACGAGAGCCUCUGAGCAAACGCCGGGCUCUGUUACGAGAGAGUUUUGAGGAGAAAGAGGGCGAGUUUGUCUUCGCGAAAUCCCUGGACUCUGACAAUACAGAAUGUAUCGCCGAAUUCCUGGAGCAGUCUGUACGAGAUUCCUGCGAGGGUUUAAUGGUGAAAACGUUGGAUAAACACGCGACAUAUGAGAUUGCCAAACGCUCUCACAACUGGCUCAAGCUAAAGAAGGAUUAUCUGGAGGGUGUCGGGGACACUGUAGAUCUGUGUGUGAUUGGAGCUUAUCUGGGAAAGGGAAAGAGAGCAGGCAGCUAUGGAGGAUUUUUACUGGCCUGUUACGAUGAGGAAAACGAGGAGUUCCAGUCUGUCUGCAAGAUUGGAACGGGCUUUAAAGAUGAAGAUCUGGAGCAACAUUACAAUUUCUUGAAGGAGCACAUUUUACCUAAACCACGUCCGUAUUACCGCGUGGACCAAUCGGCAGAACCGGACGUUUGGCUGGAGGCGGUGCAAGUGUGGGAGGUGAAAUGUGCUGACCUUUCACUGUCGCCGGUCUACAAAGCAGCCAUGGGAUUGGUGGACCCAGAGAAAGGGAUUUCGCUCCGUUUUCCACGAUUCCUCAGGAUCAGAGAUGACAAAAAACCAGAAGAUGCCACCACAGGUUCACAGAUUGCUGAUCUCUACAAGAAACAGCAACAGAUUCAAAAUCAGGGUGACAAACCUGACCUGGAGGACUACUAUUGAAUCCUCUCUGAUUGGUUUCUGUUGUCCUUAUUCCGAAUGGCCCGUGGAUCGUUUCAAUACUUGGUUGCCUAUUAAAAUGUGCCCAUUAAAUUUUUUUAAUACUGUGAUAUUGUAAGAUUUGAUGAAAAUUGAACUAAUAAUGUAAAUAGUCUUUCAAAUAAUUGAUAGAGCUGAAAUAAACACUUGCUUUUCACAAAA